AUGAGCCAGAAGAUGGCGAAGGAAGGGCCCCGCCUCUCCAAGAACCAGAAGUUCUCCGAGCACUUCAGCAUCCAUUGCUGCCCGCCCUUCACCUUCCUCAACUCCAAGCGGGAGAUCGUAGACCGCAAGUACAGCCUGUGCAGGAGCGGCUGCUUCUACCAGAAGAAGGAGGAGGACUGGAUCUGCUGCGCCUGCCAGAAGACCAGCCUCCUUGAAGUAGCUAGGCCCAUGGACGGCCGUGGUGUCUUUUGGCUCCCCAGCACCCGACGCCGUGCCAGGUCCCCCCAGAGACCCCAGCCCCGGCCAGCCUCGCCCCCUGCCGUGGCCAGAGCGCCCAGCAAGCCGCGGUCCCCUCCGAGGACGGAGCGUCAGCCACGGCCUCGGCCAGAGGUUCGAGCACCACCUCCACCAGCAGCCAAGCAGCGGCCCAGGCAGAAAGCCCAGCAGCCUGCAGCGAGGAGGAGCCCCCUGCGGGGCUCGGGCCCGGGCCGGGGGGCCUCGCCCGCCAAGGCCUCUAGGUUCUGA